UAUCACUAUCAACCCAAUCACUACCAAUUUUACGAGUACUUUGACCCCAAUCAGACUUGGAAGAACAUGUGAAAAGCAGGGCAAUAGCGAGAACUAAAACCAAUCAUUGCACCACCAAAGUGAUGAUGAUAAAAGGUAAGUCUUUGGUGCACAGCAUCUAUCCUUUCGGAGCAGUCUACUUCCUCGAUAUAGCUUUUUGUAAUGACUAAAGGCCAGCGUCAGUCAGUAUCAAUAUGCAUAGUUCUGGCAUGGACCGUCUAUUCCAGACAAGGUGAAGUUCAAUUCGACGAUAGGGUUCCAAAUGUUGACGAAGUGAGAGCGAUAUGCAAUACGACAAACGCUCUCGAUACUACUGCCUGUUCUAGAACCCACAACUUUUGUCUCUACUCCGAUGGAGCAAGUCUAAAGAACACUCUUCUGGUCCCCUUACUAUAUAUGAAACGUUACUUUUGUGAGAUUGUCCAGAAAACCCAGCGCCUAUCUUCCCACCCUUUCGCCUGGUGAGCAGGGAAAUUUUUAACACCGUUGAGAACCCAACUCCGCCCAGAUGCA